GCCCCUCUCUCAUCCCCGGCGGCGCUCACCCCUAACCGGCGGCCACCGGCGACGCCCCGACGGCCGGUUCCUCGCCUCAGCCCCCGUCCACCGUCUUCACCCCGGCGGCCGUCCAUCUCUCCCCGGCGCCCUACGGGUCCACCACCGUCGUGCCCUAGCGCUGCCGCCGCGCCGCAGCACAGCGUCACCGCCGACGGCCCAGCUCCCCCACGCCUCGCGCGCGCGGCCGCCGUCGCCCGUCCCCGUUCCACCCCGCCGCGCCCCUGCUGCCUCCGCCCCGUCCGCAGCCCCGGCCAUCUAGAUCCGCCGCCCCUGUCUGGCCUCGGACCGGAUGGACCUCUCCGUCACGCUGGCCCUCAGCUCCCCGACGGAGCACGGGGAGCAGCUGAGGAGGCGCCAGCACUCAUUAUCAGAACUGACUUAUGCAAGAGAUGAAGACGCGACAAAACUCGAGACCACACGCGCACGGCUGUUAAAUGUUCUCAAAAGGCAUGAAGAUCUGAAAGAGCGCCUCUCGCGGGAUUCUGAUAAGCUGAUUUUUGAGCGUCUACAGAAAGAAUUUGAGGCUGCACGAGUUGCACAAACCGAAGAGAUUUCAAUAGAUGAUGAGCAGUGGAAUGAUGGUUUGCUGGCAACAAUCCGUGAGAAGGUCCAUAUAGAGGCUGAAAGGAAGGCGAUGGUUAACCUGGCAAAUGUUCCGACAGACUCUCAAUUUCAAUCAAGGACGACUUAUAGAAUCAGAAAUAAGGUUAUCUAUUGUUUGGAUGGUGCCAGAAUUGGUAUACAGUAUGAGACAUUCUUCGCUGGAGAGCCCUGUGAAAUUUAUCAUUGUGUUUUGGAGAGCAAGUCAUUCCUUGAAAAGAUGACUGUGACUGAACACACCUUACCUUUCUUUCUGCCGAUUCGAGAAGUAGAAACUGAGCACUUGUCAUCUAACGCCAUCAGGUUUAUUGAUCAUCUUGAAGAAAUUUUGCAGUCGUAUAUUGACAGGAGAGAACAGGUUCGUCUUAUCAAGGAGCUCUAUGGCAACCAAAUCGGGGAAUUGUUCCACAGUCUUCCAUAUACCUUGAUAGAGUUUAUGUUGGAAGAUUUUGAAUGCAAGGUUACAGUGAGUAUCCGAUAUUCAGAUCUAAUCCUGACCCUGCCUAGUCAGGCGAGGGUCUUGGCCUGGCCGCUUCGCUCUGCAAAGAGAAUAUCUGCUGCAGACCGCCGUGCUCAGCCUGUACCGUCUCGCCUCUCCUAUGCCGAGAGCGCGUUGAAGACCUUGAGUUUGCCAGAAGCAUACGCGGAGAUUGUCCUGGAGCUGCCCCGCGCUCUGAAGCAGAUGUUCUACUCUCAGGAAAGCGACUGAAGCGAAGCGUGCGUGUAGAGAGUUUAUUUAACCUUACGGAUGCGGGUACCGAAUAUUUGAUUCUUCGCUUGGCGUCUGGCAUUUCUGCAUACGUAUUACAUAAUGCCUUCAAUCUGGGCCGAUCUGGGAGGCGCACAUUUUUGCCUUUUCGUUCAGUUUACCAUGCCCCAGUUUGAAAGAGUAAGGACCUGACGUGUGGUACGUGCACAUGGUAACUCCAAACGUUUUUGAUGGCAAGUUUAGUGACACGAGGACGGCAACUUUAGUUAAGCAUGACAACUUUCAUGCUUUAGUUUAUUUUUGACCCUGCUGUGUCACUGGUAUUUGUCAUCCUUACGCAGCGGCGAAGACAGCCCAAAGUAUCUGUGGGGUCAACCAUAUUUUUGGAUUUUGUUUUCUUCAUGAUAAACAGUUACCGAACAGUGUUUUUAAGCUUAUUUUCCAAAAAGCUGUGGGUCAGUUGACCCCAUAGCUAA